GCUGCCUCCAUCCAUCGACCCAUCAUCCAUCAUCCAUCAUCCUCCGCUGAUGACGGUGGCAGCAGGUUGAGCAGGGACUCCAGAUCUUCUCCUCAGCGACACCUCUGGGUCCACCUGUGGAAUUUGAGGCGCUCCCAGACCAGAAGAGGGGGUUCGGGGUCUCCCCUGAGGUCUUCCCCCGGUUAGGCAUGUUGCUGCAACAAAUUCAUGCUGAAGAAUCAAAAGUAUGAUUUCAGGUGCUGAGAUGUGUUCUUGGGUUCUGAUUCUGUGAGUGGGUGCAGCUGGAACUUUGAGCUUCGGGCUCCUGUCUGUGUGAUUAUAACAUGUUGCUGCCGCUGCAUCGGGGACAGGCGGGGGACUCGGGUGGUUCUGGCGAUUCUCUGGCUCGCUCCGGUCCGCGGGGCUCGGUAUCAUCAGGUUGAAGGUGUUUUGUUGCUGGGGAAGACUCCAGUUCUUCCUCACCUUCCUGCAGCCUCACCCUCGCCGUUAUACUCAAACUCAGCCAAUCAGAAAAAUCACUCCACGUAUCACUAGGCAGACGUCCAGGCCGGCAGCCAAUCGGAUUGGGCGGCUCGGGAAAGGUCGCAGGGAGCUGAGACAGACCGAGUGACAGCGUCUGAGUCCCGGGGAGGAACAUCAGGGAAUCUCCGUGGAAAAGCCCCGCAACGCGGUCAAGAUGCCGAACAAAACCAAGAAAGAAAAGGAAACGACCAAAUCUGCCAAAAGCAGCACGAAGAACAGCAGCGGCAGCGGGAAGGAUGUGACCCCGGAGAACUUGGAUGAGUCCCAGCAGCAGAGCGGCAGUAAGCGUCCCAGUAACAGCACGCCACCUCCCACCCAACUCAACAAGAUCAAAUACUCCGGAGGUCCUCAGCUGGUGAAGAAAGAGCGCCGCCAGAGCUCGUCCCGCUUCAGCCUGACCAAAAAUAGAGAGUUACAGAAGCUGCCCGCCCUCAAAGACGCACCACCGAUAGAGCGAGAGGAUCUAUUCGUGCAGAAGCUGCGUCAGUGCUGCGUCCUCUUUGACUUCAUCAGUGACCCCCUCAGCGACCUCAAGUACAAGGAGGUGAAAAGGGCGGGGCUUAACGAGAUGGUGGAGUACAUCACGCACAACAGUGAAGUGGUGACCGAGUCCAUCUACCCCGAGGCCGUCAUCAUGUUUUCAGUCAACGUGUUCCGCACUCUUCCUCCGUCCUCCAACCCGACCGGAGCCGAGUUUGACCCUGAGGAGGACGAGCCCACGUUGGAGGCGGCGUGGCCUCACCUGCAGCUUGUGUAUGAGUUCUUCCUUCGCUUCCUGGAAUCUCCGGACUUCCAGCCGAACAUCGCCAAAAAAUACAUCGACCAAAAGUUUGUACUGUUGCUGCUGGAGCUGUUUGACAGCGAGGAUCCCCGAGAGAGAGACUUCCUGAAGACCAUCCUGCACCGGAUCUACGGCAAGUUCCUUGGCCUCCGCGCCUACAUCCGACGCCAGAUCAACAACAUCUUCUACAGGUUCAUCUAUGAGACGGAACAUCACAACGGGAUCGCUGAGCUGCUGGAGAUCCUGGGCAGCAUCAUUAACGGCUUCGCGCUGCCUCUCAAAGAAGAACACAAGAUGUUCCUGAUCCGGGUUCUGCUGCCUCUGCACAAAGUGAAGUCUCUAAGCGUGUACCACCCACAGCUGGCCUACUGCGUGGUCCAGUUCCUGGAGAAGGACAGCGGCCUGACCGAACCUGUGAUCAUGGGUCUGCUGAAGUUCUGGCCAAAGACUCACAGUCCGAAGGAGGUGAUGUUCCUGAACGAGCUGGAGGAGAUUCUGGACGUCAUCGAGCCGUCCGAGUUCGUCAAAGUCCAGGAGCCGCUCUUCAGACAGCUCGCCAAGUGUGUCUCCAGCCCGCACUUCCAGGUGGCAGAGAGAGCGCUGUAUUACUGGAACAACGAGUACAUCAUGAGUCUGAUCAGUGACAACGCCGCCAAGAUCCUUCCUAUCAUGUUCCCUGCACUCUACAAGAACUCCAAGAGCCACUGGAACAAGACGAUCCAUGGCCUAAUCUACAACGCCCUGAAGCUCUUCAUGGAGAUGAACCAGAAGCUGUUUGACGACUGCACGCAGCAGUACAAGGCCGAGAAACAAAAGGAGAAGUACAAGCUGAAGGAGCGGGAGGAGGUUUGGCACAAGAUCGAGGAGCUGGCUCGGCAGAACCCUCAGAGCAGUAAGCUCCACCCCCUACGCCCAGGACUCCACCCACAAGAAGAGUACAUGGUGUAUAGUAACAGCAACGUCGCCGUGUACUCGAUGGAGACAGAGACGCCAACAGCCGAAGACAUUCAGCUGCUGAAGAAGACUGUGGAGAGCGAGGCAUCGCAGGGUCUGAAGGAUCUAAAGAAGGAUAAGGUCCUGAUGAGGAGGAAGUCGGAGCUGCCGCAGGACGUCUACACCAUCAAAGCUCUGGAGGCUCACAAGCGAGCUGAAGAGUACCUGACGGCCAAUCAGGAGGCUCUCUGACCGGAGGAGGCGGCCCCUCCUAAUCCCAACUCCGUCCCCUUGCAUCCGUCUCUCUGGGGAGGAAGUUGAUGCCGUCGUGGAGAGCCUGGUCCCGGGUCAGACUAAGGCGAAGCUGACGCCACCGCGUUCACGCAAAAAAAACCAAAAAAAAAAAAAAAAAAAGAACGGCUCAGCUCUGCCCCCGGUGGCCGACCACACGUAGGACACUGUAGAAGCUCCGUCCGUUCACCUGCUGUUUAAACUGUGUCAGCGGUCCGCCGUGAUUGGACAUCAGCUUCAUGUUGCACUAACACUCCCACGCCUCCACCCACGCUUUAACUCCUGCUGCUGCUUGUUCUGAACCUACGUCGGGCAAACCAACGCAUCGCUGACAGCCCGUCCUGCCGCAGGAAGCCACGCCGCGUGAUCUGCAGCUGCUGUCUCUGCAUCUGCUUUUUGCCCACGCGCCUCACCAUUACUUUUACAAACGUCUUUGAAUGCUUUAUCCAGCGAGCCAGCAGCAAGUCAGCUGGUUCCUUAUUUUUACAGGAAGUGAUCAGAAUCUUCGCAGGUUCAGGACAGCAGAACAGCGAUGAUGGCAAACGCACUAACAAAUAAAAGUCGGCCGAAACGAUCAACUAAAAUUUUAUCUGCAAAAUAAAAACAGGACUGAAAACGCCUGGACGUCUUUCAGAAUAAGAGCAUUAGCUGUAGCAUCUGUACACUUCAAACUAAAUGCUUUUCAUUUUCUAUUUUUCAGAAUAAAAGCAGCUGUAUCGUCUUCACAGUUCAACAAAAAGGCAUCAGCUACAGCUUUCUGACAUUUCAGAAUAAAAGCAUGAACCGUGACAAGGCGGAGUUUUGUCUGUAGAGCCCUUUCCUCAAAAGGGUGGAUUUUUGACCCAGUGUUUCCGUGGAAACGAGAAGCAGACACAGAGUGGGCUGUGCUUCGCAGUGCUGCUGCAGCUCCUUCACUUCUGUCCCGUUGCACCUGAACACAGCGCUGAUGUGUUCACUGACCCGCUUGGUUCUCCAACAGCGGCUUCAUUCCACAGCUCCACCCCUGAAGCCUAGCUCUGCCAAUCGACUGCUAGUCUGUACGUCCGGCAGACUGAAGCUGGCCGAUGAUGAUGAUGAUGUGGAAGACACAGUGAAUGUAAACAUCCUAUCAGGACCCCCCCCCCCCACACACACACACACACUGUGUAUCUGUGUUUUAGUCCGGCUGAGGGCAACUCGCCUCAAGCGUUAGCUAGCAGCUCCUCGGGUUAAAGGUCAAAUGCUUCUGAUUAUUGAUCAGUUAUUGAUUGACAGCACUGGUGCCAGAUGGGAGGGCCCUUAAAGAGGACACAGGAGGAAAGGUUAACGUGAGGAAGGCCACGACACCGUCAUCAUGUAAAAGAACAACUUCAUUUUGAGUUGGGUUUUUUUUUUUCACAUUUUAGUUUUAAAUUUGUAACUUUUUUAAAUCUAAUUUUCACAUUUUUUUGACUUUUUUUGUUUUAUUACAUGUUUUGCUGCUUUAUAAAUCUUUUUUUUUUUAGUUUGAUUUUUCUGUCAGUGGAGUCGUAGCCUUAUUGGCUGCUGAGGUCACAUGAUCCAUCCUUUAUUCUCCACAGCUAAACUUAAUUAGUGUAAGUUUUGAUGCUCGUAGUAAAAGCAGAUUUGGAACGAUGUGAUUGGCUCGUUUUCAGCUUCCUGUUUGGCGUGGCUGACAUGAAGUCAGUUGUAUGAAUUUAGCACCUCGAGCAGUUUCUGGGUGUUUUUCAGUUUAAGUAUUGAAACGUCUCAUUGGCCAAACAUUUCCUGCGCUGUGACGCGUCCACCUCGCCGUUCGUGUGUUUUUGUUUAACGGUUUGAAACAUGAGGAACAAAAGAAAAAAGGCCUCAUCCGUGGAGGUGGGCGGUUCUGUCUGUUUUGUAACUAUUGGACAUGGCCGUGCCCCCACCGAGGCCACACCUUCACACUUUCUUGUCUUUGUUUGUUCUCGUGGGCCGGUUUCGUUCGUCAUCUCUCGUGCACUUCUUCCUGCUGCCGUGUGGGUGUGUCCUCCACAGAUCCAGCUGUCAGUCAGAAUCGGAGACCAUUCCAGUGUUAGUAUAGCCCCGCCCCCUAUCAGUCGUUCGCUGCUGGAGUGAAAUCUUCAGUUUCCAGGCUGAACCAAACUUUCCUGCACUCAGUCUUUAAGUCAUAUUUUUGUUUUUUGUGAGGGCUGAAAAAAUGUUUUUGAAUCCGCCGCCGAACCAAAUCUUUAGCACAAACAGCUGUUUGUUUUUCCCUCCAGCAGUGACUGAUAGGGGGAGUGGGGUCAUGUGACAGCGUGCUGUUCACUCGGGCUGUGACAGUGAGACAUUGCUUCCUGUCAUCGUGUACAGAUGUUUAAUGAGGUUGAGCAUCACAUGGUAUGAAAGUGUGAUUUUGUACAGAUGUUCAUGUAUGUACAGAAGAAAUAAACUGAAGUACAGUC